UGAAGGCUCGAGCGGAAGUCGUGUAUCUGGCCGGUUGUGAGGCUUCGCUCCUCUUCCGUGAUCAGAGCCCGGACUCUGGAGGCAGAACCGAGAGGAAAACUGCGAAAUAAAGCGGCGGCCAGGUGUGAAGGAUGGCCGAGGAGCAUUACCUGGAGCUGAGCGAGAACCCCGUGCAGUUCGAACAUGCCUCGAGCGUCAACAACGUCUUCUUCGACGAGGCCAACAAGCAGGUGUUCGCGGUGCGUUCAGGUGGAGCCACCGGCGUGGUGGUUAAAGGUCCUGAUGACAAGAGCAGCGUCGCCUUCAGGAUGGACGAUAAAGGAGAAGUGAAAUGCAUCAAGUUCUCCAUCGGUAACAAGAUCCUGGCUGUGCAGAGAACCUCCAAGUCUGUGGAUUUCAUCAACUUCAUCCCCGACUACCCGCACACAGAGUUCAGUCAGGAGUGUAAGACGAAGAACGCCAACAUAUUAGGUUUCUGUUGGACCAACUGGAACGAGAUCGUCUUCAUAACCGACCAGGGAAUCGAGUUUUACCAGGUGUUUCCAGACAAGCGCAGCCUGAAGCUGCUGAAGAGUCAGAGCAUCAACGUGAACUGGUACCAGUACUGCCCUGAGACCGCCGUCAUCCUGCUGUCCACCACCGUGCAGGGGAACAUCCUGCAACCCUUCGCCUUCAGGAACGGGACCAUGUGCAAGAUGUCCAAGUUUGAGAUCGAGCUGCCCGUCGUCCCCAAACCUGCCAAACUCAGCCUGUCAGAGAGAGACAUCGCCAUGGCAACCAUGUAUGGUCAGCUGUACGUGAUGUACCUGAAGCAUCACUCGAGGACGGCCAACAGUCCCAGUGCAGAGGUGGUGCUGUACCACCUGUCCAGGGAGGGUUCCUGUAAGAAGAGUCACGUGCUGAAGCUGAACACGACGGGCAAGUUUGCUCUGAACAUCGUCGACAACCUGGUGGUGGUUCAUCACCAGAGCUCGCAGACGUCGCUGAUCUUCGACAUCAAGCUGAAGGAGCCCGACUGUGCCUUGAACAUCCACCAGCCCGUCCUGCCUGCCAGGUCCAUCCAUCCCUACAGGAUCCCGCUGUCAGGGCCGGCGGUCGUUCCUUCGCAGCCUCCGGUGCCGUGUCAACUCUACUCCUCCUCCUGGAGCGUCUUCCAGCCAGACAUCAUCAUCAGCGCCAGCGAAGGUUACCUGUGGUACCUGCAGGUGAAGCUGCCGCCCACAGUCAACCUACUGCAGGACAAAGGCAAACUGAUGGACUUCCUGUUACGGCGCAGAGAGUGCAAGAUGGUCAUCCUGUCGGUCUGCUCGCAGAUUCUGGAGGUCGGCGAGAAGGGAAGUCUUCCUGUUGUGGCGACCGUGUUCGACAAACUCAACCAGGUGUACAAAGAUUACCUGGAGGCGGAGCAGAGCUACACUCAGGCGAUGGAGUCCGGACCGAGCCGAGGAAGCGCCGCCCAGAAGCGUCCGGUCAGAACUCAGGCCGUCAUCGACCAGUCAGACAUGUACACGCACGUCCUGUCCUCGUUCACGGAGAGGAAGGGCGUCUCCCACAAGUUCAUCAUCGCCGUGCUGAUGGAGUACAUCCGCUCUCUGAACCAGUUCCAGAUCACCGUCCAGCAUUACCUGUACGAGCUGGUGAUCAAGACGCUGGUGCAACACAACCUGUUCUACAUGCUGCACCAGUUCCUGCAGUACCACGUCCUCAGCGACUCCAAACCUCUGGCGUGUUUGCUGCUGUCUCUGGAGAGCACGUACCCACCCGCACACCAGCUGUCCCUGGACAUGCUGAAGCGUCUGUCCACUGCCAACGACGAGAUCAUCGAGGUUCUGCUGUCGAAGCAGCAGGUUCUGGGCGCACUCAGAUUCAUCCGCAGCGUCGGCGGCCACGACAACGCGUCUGCGCGGAAGUUCCUGGACGCGGCGCGGCAGACCGGAGACCAGAUGCUGUUCUACACAGUGUUUAGGUCGUUCCAGCAGAGAAACCAGCGACUCAGGGGAAGCCCCGCCUUCAACCCAGGUGAGCACUGCGAGGAGCACGUGGCUCACUUCAAGCAGCUGUUUGGGGAGCAGGCGCUGAUGAAGCCCUCCACCGUGUGAGCCCAGUCUCCUUGGCGAGGAGACGACCCGACGGGACGCAAAUCACCACAUACGUUCACGUGCAUACGAGUGUCCUGCUGCAGGAAACCCCACCAUGAGACUCCACCUGUGUGUGAAGCCACAGAGCAUCCUAGCAUACCGCCCCCGGGAUUAAGAAAAGGUGGUGUUACGGUGGCCCAGUCCCUGCUGCUCCACCUUAAAUGUUAACAGGAUGUGUUAAUUAAUGAUUGUUUUUGCUAAAAUCACUGAAGUGUGUCGUCUGAAUCCUUCUUCCUCUGCGGCUCUAACACCUUCAUGUGGUCGGGUUUACCUGCACAUGUGAUCCUGACCUGUAAAUGAUUCCAGGUUAGUUUGUUUGCAUGUGAAUGUACUCAGUGGAAAGCAGCUCAGGUGAAACGUCGCUCUGAUAUCACCUGUUGUGGGAGGGGCCAGAGCCUGCACUGUUGUGUGUUUGUGGGGUGCAGAUGAAUGUGAGGUGUAUAUUCUGUAAGAUAAAGAUGUAGGGAUGGGUACCGGUAUCGGGUGCCAUUAUGGCACCGGUUCUGACAUAAACGGUAGUAACCAGACCGAAAAGCAACACACAUUUCGGUGCUUUUUUUUUUUUCUUUUUCUUUUUCAUGACAUGUCAUACACUUUGGAUUCUAGCCAAUCAUUUUACCUUUCCGAGGAUAGUAGGCGGGGCCAGGCACGUACGUUCUUUUAGAGCAGAGCUACAGAUUAAAAAUGUCCAAGGCGAAGCGGUCAAAGUCUGGCUGUACUUCACAGCAAAAGAUGCAAACUCAGCAGCCUGCAGCAAGUGCUUUAAGCCCCACGCCCCCGGUACCGGGAGCAAAAAGGAGAUCACGUUUAAUCGGUUAUAACACGGGGUGAGAAAUAUAAGUCCAGACGUGUGGUAUCCACAGAAACCUCUGAAUCUCAGCUAAAAUGUCAUAUAAACCAUUUCUACAACCAGCAAACUCAACGAAAACAAGCCAUGAUUAAACGAGCAGUUAUUUAAAAGCGCACAAGUCGGCUAUACAAACAAGGUGAACCAGAAAUUCUCCAGACUUCAUGUAACCGGCUAAAGAUAGCUCUGGAAGAUAACCAGCCUAUCACCAAUUCCAAACACCAAGUUUCACCACACUCUGACCAAAAUUCUCUGAAUGACCCGCAAAAGAAGACCACAAAAACACACAGUGGCGCAAAUGCGCAAAGACAGAAAUUGGCUCACUGUCCCGAUUUCCUCCGUUAUUUUCGCCGGUAGCCGGUAGCCACGUGAUUAUCAGCAGUUACCACGCCUACCUAGCCGCAUCAGAGCGGUUUUCUGUCAACAACUUCCAGUUUAGACCCACCUAUAGACACGUGACUGGACAGACAUCACAUGCAGUAAAUUUAGGCCCACGUGGGUUUUGGCCUUGGAACCUCUGAUUGGUUGAAGUAACGUGAACGUGGCAUCGUUACUGUGAUUCUAUUGGCUCAAACAAUUAAAAAGAGGUGUCAAUCAUGCAAAUUGACCAAAAGAAACCAAA